AUGACUGCAUUCCACCGUUGUUCUGGGUGUGCAGAAUUAAUUGCUUGCUUCAUUAAUUAUUCGUCGCAUCUGGCAAUUCUAAAGUCAAUUGUUGCUGCUAGUCACCUUUUUUUGCAUCAACACUCCUCUUCCAAAUAUUUCUCCUCUUCCCCUACCCCACGUUUUACUCCUCCUCCUCCUCGUACCCAUUUCUCAACCUCCUCCUCCUCCUUUUCUUUAUUCUUCUCCUUCUUGUUCACCUCUUCCUUCUCCUCAUCAUAUCCUUCGCUUCCUCCUCCUCACAUCCAUUUUCACUAUCUUCCUCCUCUACAUUCUACUUCUUCUCUUCCACAUUCUCCUCUUCCUUCAUUUUACUCCUCCUCCACCACUUUCUUGCAAUUGCCCCUCCUCUUUUAUUUUCUUAUAUGUCUUUCUCUCAAAGAAAUUCUCGCGUUUCUUCUCAUUUUUUUUCUUUUAAAUUUUGUCUUUUCAUUCUUGUUCUUCCAUUUUCCACGAUUGUUUGUUUUCCUUCGCCUUCUUAUGGCCCGUCCGCUUUUUCGAUUCUUUUUUUCAUUCUCUUCUUUUUAUUUUUUUCCUCCUCUCUUCAGAUUCUCUUUAACUUUCUUUUUUUCUUUUCUCCUCUCUUCCUAUUCUAGAUUUUGCUUCCCCCCCUUCUCCUUUGUCUGUUCUACUUCCCGUUUCUUUUCUUGUUCACUGCCUUCUAAUUUUUUUUCUUUCCCACUUUUCUCUUCUCUCCUUUUUCUUUGUUAA